AUGAUUUUGAUGUCAUUUUUAAAUGGAACGAAAAUAAUAUGGGGAAGGAGAAAAGAAAAGUCGUUCUUGUUAGCCAUUUUUAAGAAUGGGAAAAACGUUGGCAAAAGUUUUACCUCCUCAAGUGGCCAUACCUCAAAAGGGGUCUCGGAAAAUGUAGAUGGCAAGGAGAGGUUCAUCCAGCUACGGCAUUCAGACAGCGCUACCAGGUACCAGGCAAACGGAAUAAUGAAGACAAACAAUUGGCCGAAGAAAAAAAUCUCAAAAAAAAAAAACGAACUUUAUAUUUUCAUGAAAAAAACCGGCAACAAAACGGUAGACUUUCACCAACUAAAUAUUGUGCUAACAAAAAAGAUAGGCGAAAUGCAAAAUUUUAAUGAAGUAUAUAAAUUGAUUUAUUACAACAAAUGCAUUUUGGUCCCCCUAAAUUACGUUGUAUGUGUUUAUAGAAUGUACAAACUUGCGAAACAGAAAGAGUGUAAAAUAGUGAACUACCAGAUGCACCUAAAUAGCCGUGUCGAGGGUCUAAGCAUAGAUGAGUUAUGUCGAAUGGCCUCCCUGGAUCAAGUAAACGACUACGGGGAGCUAAGUCAGAGAUUGUCUAUGCAAGGGGUGGAAAGCACCCCCAUCAGAAGCAGCUAUAGAAACGGAGAAGGGCGUGAUUUCCCCCAAACGGAAAGAACCCCUUAUAUGAUGAACCCACAGGAACAAACACGCUAUCUCUGCUUUGAUUACAAAAACGACAUACUACAACACAUAUUGAACCAAAUAAACAAAAACUAUUUCGUGAAAAUGUUAACCUACAGACACUUAUCGAACCUUCUAUUUGCAUUAAUAAACUUGAAAUAUUACGAUAUCGCAACCUACUUGAUGUAUGUCAAGCAUAUAAUCAACAUGUAUGUCCACCUGUCAUCUCAAGCAAUUGCAAACGUUACCUACUCAUACGCUCUACUUUUUAGUUUCUAUUCAAUCGAUUUUACAGUGUGUUAUGAAAAUUAUAUGUACAAAUAUUACAUGCCCACGGGGAAAGGAACACCAGGGGCUCUACAACAUGACCAUAUAAACUUGAUGUUUCUCCUACUCAGUCGGUGGAUGUGCAUGAAGACUAUCACCUAUAUUAACGGAAAUUUUAAGGAGAAAUACGACAUGGACAGUUUUUACAAAGGAGUUUUAUCAAACACGGAAGAGUUAAAUGAAAGGGAAAAAAAGUACAAUUUACAAUUUGGCUGCGAAAAUCCUAAACAUGAAAGGAAAAAAUUUUUUCAAGAAUUUUUUAUCUUCCUAUGGAGUGUAUCCAAAUUGAAAAUUAACAACAUUUACAUCGACUUGAUGCUCCAUACAAUUCACCAAAAUAGGAAAUAUGUUUUCCCAAAUUUUAACGAAAAGGAUAUAUGUAAUUAUAUUCAAUCUGUGUGCAUUUACUAUCCGUUGAAAAAAUUAAGUCAAACGUGCAAUUCCAGCGGUAAUUCUACUUCUGCUGUUUCUCUUGGGAAUGAAACCCCCCUUAUAAUUUUUGACUAUGACGCCCUUUUGAGGAGUACCCUCCUGUGUACCCUCUUCCAUUUGAAAAAAUGCAGUUAUCAGCACUACGCGAUUAUUUUCAAGUGCCUUCGGAAUUUGCAAAACGUAGGUGAUACCCAUAACGGGGAGGGGAUAACAAUUUGGGAUGAUCCCAUGUCUUCUUCAUUACCAUGUGAAAGCAAAAGUGGCGCUCACUACUCUCAGCUAGACCAUCAAUCCGAUUUUUCUUCAGAAAAUUAUUCAGUACAUAAAAAAGGGGAAGAAGCACGCCCGUUAUACUUUCCCAAGACGAACUCAUUACAAAAUAUUUUGAAAAAGUUAGCAAACGUUGUUGUAAGAAAUUUACUCACAAAACUUAAAAGUCGAAAUGAUGGCAUUUUUUACCAUGUUAACUACUGCAAGCGAAGUUCGACUCUAAAUUUACAACACUUAUCAGUAUACCUUUACAAUUUAUCCCUCAUGAAUGAAUUUUACGUUGAAGACAAGGCAAAAAAAGAACUGACUCAAUGGCUAAUUUCCAUUCUGGAGAAAGGAAUAAAACGUGUGCAUUAUUCCUUUGACAACAAAAGCGCAAAUGUAAAAUUAGAGGAUAAUUUUUUGCAACAGAGUUAUGACAACUUGGUCUGUCUAGGCAAUAUUAACUACGCAUUAAAUAAAAGUAAUAUUAUUAACGAAUCUUUAAUCAUACACUCCGCUGUACAUUUUUUCAAAAUGUAUCACGUUUUUUACAAGGAGUACAAAAAUUCCGAAAGGACUGCAUCCUUUUUUAACUUCCUUCAGAAAAUAAAUGAAAGAGUAUUAUCUAUUUUUAAUUGGACAUUUUCACAUACAGGAGUGGCCUUCAUGCCAUUAUUCACAUUAAUUAAUUACCAUUAUUUAUAUCUUCUAUAUGUAAAAGACGCUUCAAAUAUGUUUGUCCUUUUAAAGAAAAUAUUACUACCAAUGACUAUAUACAAUAAUAUCACUCUCUACCAGAUGCGCCUCAUUUUGAAGCUCUUAAUAAAUUACUACAUGUCUCACAUGGUUAAUAAAAGAGAAGGUGAUACUAAUUACAUGAACCACUUGGAUAGUAUCCACGAUGAUGUGCUAACUUGUAUGUAUAGCUUAUCUUUAAUAAUAACAAAUAUCUCGCAUAAUAUUCGGAGUGAGAAACUAUCCAUGGAAGGGAAUACCAAACCGAACAGUGACAAAAGCGAGUACGUCUAUUUUUACAUAAACGUGGCGCAUACCUUAUUAAGAAGUUACUUCUAUCACUUGUACAGUUUAAACGCAGAAAAUAUAAGAAGGCACAUUUUGUGUCCCUCCAAAAAUGAAGACACCCUUAUGAAAUUUUAUACCUUCUAUUUAUUUGUAAAAAUUAAUAUGAAUAAACAUGUGCACUAUGAUAGGAAUGUUGUGAAGAAAUUUGUAAGCUCCAGUGCGAUACCCAAAAAGGGGUUUUAUUUUUUUGAAAAGUUACUUACUUCUUUUUCGGAGCAGAAAACUGGCAAUUGGGGGAACACAGAAGAUCAGGAUUCCGAUUCAUUUGCACACAUUGAUUUGGAUAUGAAGGAAGGGGUACAAAUGAGGGACGGCUCGGGGAAGGAAGCCAUCGACGAAGAGCUAAAUGAAGAGAACCGAACAGUUGACAAUUACCCCAAUCAACGCAACCACGCUAGAAUGAAAGGAAAUAACAACAAGGAUGUGCUUCCAUUAUACGUAAACAAUAUUGACAACAGAAAUUAUUCACCCAGGGAAAAUUUAGGAAUUUUUUAUUUAAUACAAAAAAGCAUUUACCCGAAGGAAAUAAAAAUGAAUAAAAGGAACCUCCUGUUUUUAAAACAGCCAAAUGUAUCGCAAAUUUUAUUUAACCCGCGCGUUGAUAAGGAGUUGAGAAAAGUGGAAGAGCGAGUCCUUUUAACGUUUAAACAAAUAGAAAGCUCAAAAUCGCAUAUAAAAAUAUAUAACUAUAUAAAUCAUAUUUAUGAACAGAAAAGGAACGCCAGACAGGAAACCUUCCCUAUACAAAACGAAUAUGUAGUAAAUAAGGACAACACUCUUUUUGUGGUAGACAUUUAUGAUAAAAACACAAACACGAUAUUUGAAAUCGACGGAAUUAGUCACUACACAAAACAAUAUACACCAAACAAAUCCAUGGAUUCUUUUAGCUUUUUUUACAAUUACAAAUCAUAUUAUAUUUUUAAGCACUUAAUUUUAAGGGAAAAUUAUAACAUUGUGCAUCUACCUCUGCAUGACAGCAAGUUGUGCCGGAAUAUAAUUUGUAACUACUAUAAAGCGACAAGCGAAAAUGGUUAA